AUGCGAGAGGCGGUUGAACAGACUCAACGCGAAGAACGGGAAAAUAGACGCAAACUCCGGGCCGCAAGGAAGCGUACCUUGGAAGGCGACGGUCAACCUGUUAAGACGGCACACCGAUAUACCACCACGAAGCUAGGACAUGCCGCACAUCAUCCAGAUUGGCGAAUGGAAGGCGGCCUGAAUAUCGAGGACGCACUUGGUUUAGCUACUUUCAACGAGUAUAAGGAAGGGACUGCGGUACUGGAUUACCACAGUAUCACGCUGUCGCUGCGGCUAGAAUUGCUCAAUACUAUGGGGGCUGAGGAGGUGAAAGCCGGAAUGGACUGGGGGACACCGCUUAUGGCCCUCAAAAAGGCAUGCCGAAACAGACCAGCAUUCUCAUUUGACGGCAUGUUGAGAAUUGACUGUCAGGCUUGGGACGCGAACAGGGAAUGGACACAGCCUGAACCUCAGCCUUUCCGUUGA